UUCACCUUCAACACAACCUCGGUGCCCAUAGAAGGAGGCGAAACCCGUACAACUCGUCGCUCAACGCUUGCACAUACCGGUUUCCUCCUUUUCCUCGCCGUCUUAACAACGGGAAUCUUUGGCCUCACAGCAUGGUAUGCCAAUGCUGCGUUCUCAAGCCAGUUAACAAACAAUGCAACAAAUACUUUGCAUGCGAUAUUCAAUAUUGAGGUUGGCUCCGUAAUUGCCGUUCUUCGAAUCUUACAAGGCCUACUUGCAACAUUGACAACGGUAGCUUUAUCUAAUGCAUUUGGACCCAUACAAUGGGCUCUUAUCAGUGAUGGUAAAAGCAUAAAAUGCCCCCAACUCCUUGGGAUUUCGCCUGCAACUGGGGCCAUGGGAGUACUUGGCUUGUUAGUCGAUACCCAGUCAAGAGCUGUUGAGCGCAGUUGGGCAUUUCUGAGGAUUUUUAUUAUCGUUGCCAGUUGGCUUACAGGAAUCUUGUUGUUUCUCAAGACAGAAUUAAUAAUAGAAUACGAUCCCGUGCAUACUUACGAAGUCACAGCCGGAGUUGGUGCUUUUAAUGGCUCCUAUGUCCACUCGUUUCUGGAGGGCCUUCAGAGCAGUCAACCGGGAUAUGUGCAUACAAUUGCGCCGUUCAUCUUGAUGGCCAUGUCUUACAACCUUGUCGGGAAUCCAAUGCAAGCAACUAUUGCCGAGUCUAUUAACAAGUCCUGUGGAAGUACAGAUAGUCCAUGUGACUCGGAUCUCUUCACUGGUGGCCUCUCGAUGACGACUCCCUGGCCACCAAUGGGCUAUUCUUCGUACCCUUUAAUAAAUAUCUAUAACUUGCCAGCGACUCAAAUUGAGUUUACACGGGGUAUCAAGAAUAGUCACUCCUUCUCAAAUAGUGAGUGUGCGGUGUAUGGAUCUGCUGGGGUUUUAGUUGGAGUUCGAUUGUCUGGUAUGAAAUUCCCUUCAUUAGCUCGAAGGAAAAUACUAAAGUUUCUAGGAAUCUACGUAUGCACAAAUGGCACCAACGGUGGCGAGUGUAUUGAUUCUGGUUCGUCUCCGAAUCUGACCACAACCUUCUCGGUAUUCAGUCGCAAAGCUAGUAUAGUAACUUCCCGCCUAAACUACACUAUCAGGUCAGUCCUUGAUGUCGGAGAACCAACUAUAAACGGCAAUCUUGAUCUUCCAUCAUACCGCCUCGCUAUGGGCUGGCUCCUCGAUUUCAACGCCUCUGGCAUCCCAGCUCCAUCUUCCAUUGCCGGAGUCUUCUGGACUUCUACAGAUCAGCUCAGUAGCAGUUAUUGGUCAAACGAGCUUUAUAACGUUCUGCAAAGUUUACUUGCCUUCCCCAUCUAGCAGUUCAACUCAAACAAUUUCGGAAACACCCAGCUUAAGGCAACAUAAAUAGUUUCCGGCUUACCUCCCGAGUUUUAUACGACCGCAUCAAUUACCAAGCCUUAUACGAGGAUUGUAAUAAAUCAUUAUAUGUUCAUGACUUUUUUGGUUCUUGAAAGUGCCAUGUUGGCUUUGGCUCUGGGCUUCACAAAGACGAUUACCUAAAAUAUCAUCAUAUCCGUUAAUUGAUUUUGCUUUCAAGUCA